AUGGAUGGUUCGGUUGAUGGUGGUACUCACCUCACAAUCAACGGUAAAAACCUUGGCGUGUCAAGAAAACAAGUAGAUAAUAUCACUGUUGUUGGUGUAUUAUGCUCGAACAUUACGGUAGUCGAUCUAACUGUACAGUGUGUUACGGGACCCAGUUCUGUUUCAUCUGGACAAAUAAAUCUAAGUGUUGAUGGACGGCUUGGAGUCAGUACAGUGCUGUUUUCGUAUAAGGAUCCACAGCUGUUAGGACUAUCUCCUGCUGAAGUAAUACAAUCAGGGGGAAGAUCCAUCAAAUUGAUGGGAAGAAAUUUAUUAAUAGGAAAGAGGGACAUUCGAGUUCAACUAAUAGAUGAUUUUUCCAAGGCUAAACUAUGCUCAGUAAAAAUGGAGGUUUCAUCUGACGAAGCAAUAACAUUUGUUCCAGAGCCCACGAACAUAACUGGACCUCACAUAAUACAGGUUUUCUUUGAUAAUACAUCAGUCAGAACAUUACAGAACAUGAGACUAACCUAUCUGUCUGAUCCUGUAGUGCAGGGCACAGAACCUUCUGAAUUAAGGAGUAUUUAUAGUGGAGGUUUAAGCUUCUCUGUUGUCGGUAGCGGGUUUGUAGAAGUGAUAGAUGAAAUGACAGUCUACUUUUCUGGAAACAAAGAAAACAAUAAAAAUCUGUGUUCAAGAAUAAAUACAAAUCGUCUGAAAUGUAAAUACCCUCCUUUUCCAAGAUGGAUGACAGAUAAUAGCUCCAGGGUCCAAACAUUGCAACUUUCACUAGACGGUUUUACAACCACUUUGCAGCCACGAGUGUUGUAUCUUAAAGAUCCAAUUUUCUUCCCAUUUAAUGGAAACCAAUCCCUCAGCUUUGAUCCUGCCUCAAGAGAAAACAAAAUUAUCAUAAUGGGAGAUUAUUUAGAUGGUGUAGCCACUAAGGAUGAUUAUUUUAUUCGAGUUGGGUCGGGUGAAUGUAUAAUGACAGAUCUACAAAGUUCUAAUCUCACAUGUAAACCUCCAUAUACAGAGCCAUCACCAUUAUCAACUGAUGGGAAAUUGUAUAUUAGAGUCAAAGUAGGAUUUCUCACCGUUGUUGUUGGUGAUUUGAUUUAUCCUGCAUCAGUCGACAUGUAUAUUCCUAUAAUUGUCAGCAUCACGAUUGUUAUUGUGGUUGUCGGCGCCGUAUCUCUGUUUGCCAUCUUAAGAUGGAGGAGACGAAAAACCAGAAAGACACAACAAAGACAAAAUUAUGUUCAAAAUAUGCAAGUUUCGGGAUACGAAAUGCUGAGAAGAAAUCGAGAUCAAGCCAAUGAACACAGAAUAGAUGAAAGUAUAGUGAACCUUCUGAAAAGUAGAGGUUUACUUAUCUCUCCUGAUGACCUCAGAAUCGGAGAUUGUGUUGGAAAAGGGAAUUUCGGGAUUGUCUAUGAGGGUACUUUGACCAAGUCAGUGGAUAAUUAUGAAACCACAGUGGCGAUCAAAUCUUUACAUCAAAAAGUAUCACGAGAUAUAGAUGCCAAGGAAUUUGUAAAUGAAGCUUUACAAAUGGCUGAUUUCCACCAUCCGAAUGUGAUGACGUUAAUUGGGAUUUGCCUUUCUGACGAAAUGCCACUGGUGAUCUUGCCUUUUAUGAGACAUGGAGAUAUGUUAACAUAUAUCAGGGAUCAAAACAAUGUGAUGACACUUUUGAAUAUCUUACAAUUUGGUCUUGAUAUCGCCAGGGGUAUGGAAUACCUGUCUUUACAAAGGGUCGUGCAUCGUGACCUUGCUGCAAGAAAUUGCAUGCUUGGUGAUGACAAAACAGUAGUAGUAGCAGACUUUGGCCUGUCACGUGACAUAUAUGAGAAGAAUUACUACUGUAUAAGUAACAAGAAGUGUAAGUUACCCGUGAAAUGGAUGGCACCUGAAAGUCUUGAGAAAGGAAUGUUUACUGCCCAGUCAGACGUGUGGUCAUUUGGUGUGGUACUGUGGGAACUGAUGACCAGGGGAAAUAAGCCAUACCCGGAAGUGGACGGAUGGGACAUGCUCAGAUUUCUGAAGAUGAACAGGAAGUUACCGCAGUCUCAGUAUUGUCCGGAUGUUUUGUACUAUGUAAUGACAAGGUGCUGGGAUUUAAACCCCGACAGAAGGCCAACAUUUUCCGAGCUUGUAGAUGAACUGACAAGAUUCACGAAUCCAUCAUCUGAUGAUAAUUAUCUGGAACCCUCUUUUACAUAUGAGCGACUUCAGAGUACUUAUGUAAAUAUUGGAAUGGGGAUAGACUACAUUGACCUACAAGAAAACUAAAAGUUUAUUUUAGACUUCCUAUGAAAAAAGGAGAGUACUGAUUUGUUAUUUUGAAGCU